AUGUCGGAGACGAAAUUGCACAUUGUUGUAUUUCCAUGGCUAGCCUUUGGACACCUGAUCCCAUUUUUGGAGCUUGCAAAGCGCAUAGCUCAAAAGGGUCACAAAAUUUCCUUCAUUUCCACACCUAGAAACAUCCAUCGCCUCCCUAAACUACCAGAAAGUUUGAAACCUUGGUUGCAUCUGAUAGAAUUCCCACUUCCCCACGUUGAUAAACUCCCUGAAAAUGCAGAGAACACGGUGGACACUCCUCAGCACUUGGUUCCAUACCUCUUCAAGGCUUACGAUGCUCUUGAACAACCUUUGACUAAAUUUCUGGAGAAGAGCACCCCGGAUUGGGUCAUAUGCGACUUUGCGCCACACUGGUUGCCCCCAUUGUCUUCCAUGCUAGGUAUCCCGUGUAUUUUUUUUUGUAGUUUUGCUGCAUGUGGUUCGUCUUUUGCUGUGGAGUUGUUUAUGGGGAAGAAGAGUACGGAAUCUGCGGAAGCCAAACUUUUGCGUGCUGUGCAUAAGAGGAAGGAAGUGGCUCAGAGUUCUCAGCCCAAGGAAGUGAAUCGGUUCUUCGAAACCCUGAAAGGUGCUCAAGUUUUCGCCACAAGAAGCUGCAUGGAGAUUGAUGGUGAGUUUGUCAAAUCGCUUGGAAGUUCAUCUGGGAAGUUGGUAAUUCCAACUGGCUUGCUGCCUCCAUCGCCGGAAGACAGCAAUGACCACAACUGGUACACCAUUGUUAAUUGGUUAGAUAAAUGGGAAAAGGGGUCAUUGAUCUAUGUAGCAUUUGGAACUGAAGUCACACUGAGUGAUGAAGAAUUCACUGAAAUUGCUAUGGGAUUAGAAUUAUCUGGUUUUCCUUUUCUUUGGACUGUGAAGAAUCGAAACACCUCCAGUGUUAGUGAUGAGUCACAGGAUUGGAUUGAGAAUGAGUCAAAAAGGGGAAUGAUGUGGAGAAGAUGGGCACCUCAGUCCAGGAUUUUAGCUCACAAAUCUGUUGGAGCAUUCCUCACUCACUGUGGUUGGAGUUCAGUAAUAGAGGGUCUCCAAGUUGGGUGCCCACUUGUUAUGUUGCCCUUCCAAUAUGAUCAAUGGCCGAUUGCUAAGUUUAUGGAGGAGAAGAAGGUAGGGCUUAAAGUACACAGAAAUGAGCAUGAUUUCAAGUUCACAAGGGAUUCAGUGGCCAAGGCACUGAGAUCAGUGAUGUUGGAAGAGGAAGGGAAAUGUUAUAGAAGUGGAGCACAAGAGAUGAGUAAAAUAGUUGGGGACAAACAACUGCAAGAAAAAUAUGUGAAUCAGUUUGUUGAUUACAUGAAAAUGAAUAGGCCUGGUUAUAAUUAGUAUAAUGACAAGUUGUAUUGUUAAAGGAAGACUUUGAUUGAUCUAAAGAGUUAGCCAAUCUGAUAGCAAAUCAGUCCAACCUAGAACGAAUCAAGAAACUUAUCUAUCUUUACAAUGCUUUUCCUAUAUUAGUUCUGUUUUCGUUUUCCUUAAGUUAGUCAGAUUUCACUAAAAGAUUGGAUUAGCUGCCAAUAAGACGAGACUAGACGUUAUAGCUUUGGCCAGAAUGCUAAGAUGAUGCUAAAAUGGGAUAAAAGGACAAUAAAAAUUAAGUUGAGUUUUGUUUUUGGAA